AUGACUGAAGAUAUCAGUAAAAAGAGAAGAAGUCGUGGUGCUUAUGUUGGUGUUUUUAAGAAAAUUGUUAAUGAAACUGUGAAACCUAUUUAUGAAAGGUUUGCUUUGAAAGAUCAUGGUGCGGUACUCUUAUCCAGUUAUAAUUUACUGGAAGCUAAAUUAUUGAACGUAACAACUAUUCAAAAUGAAAUUAAUGACUUAAUUGAGCCAGAGAAUUUAGCUAAUGAAAUGAUGUCACACUUGGAAUUUGAGCAGUAUGCUGCGAAAGAGUUAACAACAUUGAAAAAGUUUCUUGACAAGCAUGUGUUUGAAAUUGAAGGUAAUGUUUCUGUUACUUCUUCUGAUGGGUCUGGAAACUCCAGCGUGAGGGAUCGAAUUAAACUUCCGAAACUUGAGCUGAAAAAGUUUAACGGUGAUCCUUUGCAAUGGAAGUCCUUUGACGAAUCUUUUGAGUGUGCGAUACAUAAGAAUGAAUCUCUUUCUUCUGUCGAAAAAUUGACGUAUUUGACAAAUCUUUUGUCGGGCUCGGCAGAACAAACAAUCAGCGGUUUAUCGUUAUGUAACGAAAACUAUGAAAUUGCGCGAGAUCUUUUAAAAGAACGAUUUGGUGAUCCACAAAUCACUGUGUCAGCUCAUAUGAACAAACUUUUGACUCUUGAAAAUGUAAAAAGUUCGAGAGAUAUUAAAUCUAUGCGAAAACUUUACGACCUAAUCGAAUCUCAAGUGAGAAGUUUGAAAGCCCUGGGUUUUAAAGCAGAAAACUAUGGACCUAUGCUUAUUCCUGUUGUUUUGUCAAAAUUACCGAAUGAUAUCAAAUUAAUAAUAAGUAGAAAAUUUGAUGAAGAUAUUUGGGACGCUGAAGCUGUGUUAAAAUUUUUAAGAAAAGAAAUUAUGGCACGUGAAAAACUUUCGAAUAUAAAAUUAGAAGAAGAUGAGCAGCGGGAGUUCCCCAGCAGUGGAAGUUCUUUGAAUGCACAAGCUGCGCGAACUGGUACCCGAAAGUUAUUCUGUUCCUUUUGUUCUGGUGAGCAUAAAUCACAUGAAUGCAGAACUGUAACAAAAUUAGAAACCAGGAAAGAAAUUGUUUUGAAAAAUGGACGCUGUUUUUUAUGUUUAAGAAAAGGACACAUGAGUCGUGAAUGCAAAGCAAGUUUUCGUUGUUUUCACUGCAAAGGAAAACAUCACGUAGCCUUAUGCGAAAGGAAACAUAAUCCAAAUCCUCCUCCUAGUCGUAGUCCUAAGAAAAAUGAAACCGAAAAUAAAGAUGCAGAAAGUGAAGAUUCUUCCUCGAACGUUACACCUGCUAAUAUAAACAUAGCUUCUGAUCGAAAUAAUGUUUUGCUGCAAACUGCUAUGGCUACAGUUACAUCAUGCGAUGGAACUUUUUCUGCGAAAUUACGCAUUUUAUUUGACAGCGGUUCGCAAUUGUCGUACAUCACACCGCAAGCGAGAAAAAGCACAAUAUCGAAUGAGAGCAUUAAUGUUUCUACCUUUGUGAAUGAUAUUUGCAAACCUGUUUCCGGACAAACUAUCAAUUUUGCUGUUGAAAAUUAUGAACAUUUGCAAGGCUUACAAUUAGCUGAUCAGAAUUUUAGCGACGAUCUACACGUCGACAUAUUAAUUGGAGCCGAUUAUUACUGGAAUUUUUUCACGAAAACUGUUUUACGAAGUUCUAGCGAAGGUCCUGUUGCCAUGGGAUCAAAACUUGGAUUUAUCUUAAGUGGCCCAGUUUCUACUGUCUCUACCACUCCUGUUACAGCAAAUAUGGCUUGUACUCAUUCGUUAUUAAUUAUGAAAGAAACUCAAUCAGAUUAUGAGAUUCUGAAUGAAAACGUGAAUAAAUUUUUCAACUUGGAAAGUUUAGGGAUUUCCUCCGAAGAACCUAGUAUUUACGACAAAUUCACGGAUGAAAUAAAAUUUAAAGAUCAUCAUUACGAAGUGAGGCUACCAGUGAAAGGUGAUAAAAUGUUCAUUGAGGAUAACUAUUCACUAGCUAAAGACCGCCUCCGAUCACAGUUUAAUAAAUUAAAAAACAAUACCGAAUUAUUGAAAACAUACGACGAUAUAUUUAAAGAACAAUUGGACAGCGGUAUCAUUGAAAAGACGACAGAAAGCCCUGGUGUUGGGGAAACCCAUUAUCUCCCCCACAGAGCUGUUAUUAAACCUAACAGAAAUACAACGAAAGUACGUAUAGUCUUCGAUGCUAGCGCAAAGCAUAAAGAUAGUCGAUCGCUAAAUGAAUGUUUAUAUACCGGUCCAUCACUGAACACUUCAUUGUUUGGAGUGUUGUUACGAUUUAGAGCGUAUAAUAUCGCAAUAACUGGUGACAUUGAAAAAGCCUUCCAUCAAAUAUCGGUAUCACCUGAAGAUCGUAAUUUACUCCGAUUUAUCUGGUACGACGAUGUGAAUAAUUUUGAUGAUCAAAAGUUUGAAAAUAACGCGCUAGCUGAUUAUAGAUUCUGCCGAGUAGUCUUUGGAGCCACUUGUUCUCCAUUUCUUCUGUCUGCAACUUUGAUUUUUCAUUUACACGGUUAUGUUGAAUGUGAUCCGCAAUUUGUGCAGAAGUUACUUGAAUUUCUGCAUGUUGAUGAUUUGACUGCGGGUGGCGUUAAUGAUUCUGAUGCUUUGUGUUUUCACACGAAGUGUCAGGAGAGGCUCAGUGAAGGAGGGUUUAAUUUGAGAAAGUUUAACUCUAACUCCAAAAUGCUUGAGAACAUCGUCAAUAGUACUCAGGAUGAAACUGAAAUCAAAUUUCAACCCACUAUUAAAGUUUUGGGACUUGAAUGGAACAAACUCUCUGACGAAAUUAAUUUCAAUUUUUCUGACAUGCUGAAGAACAUAAAAUUGCCUACUACGAAGCGAAAUAUCAUGCAUUUUUUAGCUAGUAUCUAUGAUCCACUAGGGAUAAUUAACACUAUUGUUGUGACAAAUAAAGUAUUGUUCCAAGAUUUGUGUGUUGCAAAAUUUGACUGGGAUCAACCUUUAGAAGGUGAAUUUUUACAAAGAUGGAAUGAAAUUUGUACUAGCUUUGACACUGAAACUUUAAAUAUUGACAGACUUUAUGCUUGUAAAGAUGAAAAUGAUCAAUUUGAAAACAUUGAAUUACAUGGAUUUUCUGAUGGCUCUAAAAUUGCUUAUGGAUGUUGUGUAUACAUUCGAUUUACUUACAAGUCUGGUAAAGUUAAAACUGCACUUUUGAGUUCAAAAUCAAGAAUUAAACCAUUAACAAAUACCACUAUACCACGAAUUGAACUUUUAGGCACUUUGGUGCUAGCUAGAUUAAUGGACGUUUUAAAAAAGGAAUUAUUGAAUGUGUAUAAUAUUGACAAUAUUUUCUAUUGGACUGAUUCAACUAUUGCAUAUUCAUGGAUUAAAAACGAUAACAAAGAUUAUAAAACCUUUGUUCAAAACCGCUUAGAGGAAAUUAGAAAACUGACUGCAUCUGGCAAAUGGUGUUUAGUACCAUCGAAAGACAACCCUGCAGAUAUAGUAUCUAGGGGUUGCUCCCCCUCUGAAUUGAAUUCUUUGUGGUUCAGUGGACCCACGUUUCUAACUUUACCAGAAACCCACUGGCCACACCUUAAACCUGGUGAUAAGUUUAUUAGUGAUGACAUGACAAAAGAAGAAGUUAGAAAAGAAGAAAAAGUCCAAACAUUAAAUAAUGAACUAAAAAAUAUUACUGUGUCUGAAAAGCUAUCUAUUGUUUCUACUAAUACUGUGUCUGAGAAUGUUUGUGAUAAUGUUAUGUCUUCUACUACUCCUGUGUCUGAUGAAGUGUAUGAUACUGUAUGUGAUGUUUCUACUGCCAAUGAAAAUGUCUCGGAUAGUGUAAACACGAAUUUCCCAAUUAUACCGGGUAUUCGUAACAUAAUUGAUAUAAAAAAAUACAGUAGUUUUGAUAAAUUAAGGCUAUCAGCCGAAGAAAUUGGUCAUGCAAGAUUGGUAAUCAUCAAAGAUGCUCAAGAAGAUGUGAAAAGACACAAGAAAUUUAAACAUUGGGAAAAGAACCUGGAUUUAUUUGAAGACACAGAUUUUUUGCUGAGGUGCAGGGGUCGGUUAGGAAAUGCUCCUGUACCAUAUAACUCCAGGUAUCCUAUUCUGUUAGUACCAGACUCUUAUCUAACAAAAUUAAUCAUUCGACAUGUGCAUGAAUCUGUGAAGCAUUAUGGCACAAAAAUAACACUCACAGAACUUAGAAGAGAAUUUUGGAUUCCAUCUGGUAGAAAUGUUGUUAGAAAUUUUAUUCGUACAUGUCAAAAGUGCCGAAGGUACGAGAACAAACCAUAUCCGUACCCAGAUCCUCCAUCAUUACCAAAGAGUAGAUUAAAAGAUAACAUGUCAUUUGAAGUAGUUGGCAUCGACUAUGCUGGUCCUUUAUUUGUAAAAAAUGUUUUUAACGAAGAACCAGAUAUGUAUAAAGCUUGGAUAGUUCUUAUAACGUGUGCGAGUACUAGAGCUAUUCAUUUAGACUUAGCUUCGAAUUCUUCUGGACCUGAAUGUAUAGAAGUUCUGAAACGAUUUAUUGCUCAAAAAGGAGCACCGAACUUCAUUUUAUCUGACAAUGGUAAAUGUUUUAUUAGCGAAGACGUACAAAACUUUGCUGCUAGUAAAAACAUUAAUUGGAAAUUUAAUAUUGAGUCUGCCCCUUGGCAAGGCGGAUUCUUCGAACGUUUGGUCAAAUCAGUCAAAAGACCACUGAAGAAAGUUCUGGGCAAUAGUCGCCUGAAGUAUAACGAACUUUUAACGAUAUAUAUACUAAAUAACAGACCAUUAACGUACAUAUAUGAAGAACUUAAUGAAGAACCAUUAACACCUAAUCAUCUUAUGUAUGGAAGAAAAUUAAACACGAAAGCAGAUGAGAACAACUUAAUACCUGAAGAUCUCUCGGCUGAUAUGAGUGUCAAACGGAAAGAAAACGUAAACCGAUUACUGACACACUUUUGGAAUAGAUGGCGUGACGAAUACGUCACAGAAUUACGAGAAUUCCACAAAUUGAAGAAUAGUCGUUUCAAUAAAUGUUUAAUUCCAAACGUUGACGACGUAGUUGUUGUUGCUGAUGAUAGAAUGCCACGAUCACUAUGGCGAAUUGGUCGAAUAAAAGAAACGUUGAAGGGAAAAGAUGGAAAAAUACGUGCAGCGAUAGUACAAUGCAAAACUGAUCAAGACAGACGAUCAAAUUUACGGCGACCGAUCAAUAAAUUGAUACCGUUUGAACAGUGUAUUAUUCCAAACGAUGAAUCAACAGAACCAGCAAUACAAUUUAUUGAUGAACAAUCAGUUACACAAAACGAUCAGUUAGCUGAAUCAAAGAUAACAUUUGUUGAUGAAAAGGAUCUUGAGAUUGUAAACAUUUGA